AUGUCGCAAUACGCCUACUUGUCUGAACCCGACCCCGAACUGGUCCCAAUAUUACAAAGCCCUCCGCCACCCCCACCAGCAGACACACCGGCCGAGGGGGAUGUUGAGGGCCAGAGAAUCUUUUUGACUAGGUGGAUGAAUGAGGGCGGUCGGAAAGCGCAUGAAAGCAUCCUACCCAAAGAGUCGGAAUAUACGGUGAAAGACUACCGCAUCCCUGUAGAAAACGGCGAAAUUUCAGUUCGCAGCGUCGUCCCCACUCCCACCGACAACGACGAACUAUUCCCAUUACUAUUCUGGGCUCAUGGUGGCGGCUGGGUUGCGGGUGAUUUAGACACUGACGACUACCCGCUGCGUGCAAUUGCUCAUGAAAUACGCGUCAGCGUUGUCAGUGUAGACUAUCGUCUUGCUCCCGUUCAUCGCCAUCCAACUCAAGUGAAUGAUAGUUACACUGCGCUGAAAUGGGCGAGUCCGAAUCGCGCUCACCUGUCUGUGUCACGUCUAAACAAACCUCAGGCCGUGGAGAAUGCCCCAAUCCUCCGUGCUGAUGUCAAAAAAGGACUCGUUUUGGGCGGCAUCUCAGCUGGCGCCCAUGUUGCUAGCGUUCUAGCCCAUCGCGCUCGGGAUGACCCAUUUUUCAGCCACCGGCCUGUCACUGGGCAUCUCCUACAAGUCCCCCCGUCCUUGCAUUACGCUGCCCAAGUGCCAGAAGAGUACAAAUGCCGUCUGCUGUCGAUGGAGCAGAACAAACUCGCACCUAUUUUGACCGCAGUGAGCAUGAAGCAGUAUUGGGAUUCAUUGGCGGGUGAUGCCUCUCCCUCGCUGCCCGAAAUCUCUCCGCUCCUUGCUGCGCACGCCGGCCUCUCCCCCGCUGUCCUCCAAAUCUGUGGCAUGGACCCGCUUCGCGACGAGGCCUUCUUGUACAACGAUCUUCUCGUCAAGGCGGGUGUGAAUACCCAAGUAUUUAGUUACCCGGGGCUUCCACACGGAUUUUCCUAUAUCUUCCCCGACUUUGUGCAAGCGCAUAAAUGGAAUGAAGAUUAUCGUGUGGGCCUGAGGUGGCUGCUUGCUGGCACGGCAGAGAAAGCGCAAUAA